CAGUGUGUUUCCUGUAAAGCUCAAACACCCCCGCCUAUUGAUUUCUGCAACACUGUAUGUCCAAUUAAAAAGGAGGAGGACAAACUGAACUGAAAGGCAGAUAAAAGAGGGAAUGGCAAGGAAAGUGUGUGUGUGUGUGCAAUGCAUAGAGAGAAUAAAAGAAAGAGAGAAUGGAUGAGAGACGGAUGAGACAAAACAUCUAGAAUGACAGAGGCAAAGGAACAAAGUCAAUGUACUGAAAGAGAGAAUAAGGAAGUCGAGAUUUAAAAGGAAUUGAGGAAUCAGCUUCAAAAGGGGGUUAAAAAAAGUUGCCAAAAGUGAGGCAGCGAGAGAGCGGGAGGGAGAUCUCUCUAAUUGGAGUGGAUAGACAGUGAGGCGCAUGGCUCCCUCCAGACCAUUAGAGAGGUCCGGGCGGAGUGGGUUGGUUCCCAGGAGGAGAGGGGCUUGUCUUGUGCUCAGCCAUGGGGAAGAAUCUGGCAAGGCCGCUGAUGAGUGGAGCGCGGCCAGGGGAGAAGAUGGGCCCCAUUGUCCUGUCUCACUGAUGAGGAAGAGGGGAAACCGGCGACUCCUCGCAGAGGGAGGGACGAAGAGGGGGGUGGAGGAGAAGUAGUGAGACAGUGUGAGGAUGAAAAAGUUGACAGUGAGGGGAAAGAUCAUGGGGGAAGGAAUGAUCGGGAAUGGGGACAAAAGAGACAGGGAUGUAGAAAAACAAAAGGGAAAACCGAAAUGACAGUAAGAGAGAAAGCUGGAGUACAUCAAGGGAAGGUCUGGAGGAAGGGAAUGAGUUGGAUAUAGAGGUGGGGCGCAGGAGGAAGAAAACAGGAAGAGGAUUAGAAUGCAGUGGUCGGUUCUGUUUCCUGUGUUGGCCUCUCCUGAUAGGCCGGUUCUGUGGUGGAGGAAGUUUACAGUGGAGCUAUUCCUCCUUUUGGGAGACAGCAGAGAGUCAGAGAAUGCUGCUGUGAACAGGACUUUUAAGGACACAGCUUUUAUUUAAUAAUGCAGAAGGGUGCUGUUUUUACUGUUGAUGUGGCAAUAGAGCCAUCUCAUUUCAUGGUAUCGGGUUGCAGUCAAUGUGGGAACACUAUGGCAUGUGGAACAAUAAUGAAAAAUGUGGGGGACAAGGUCCUGGUGCUGAACCGCUGUGGCCUGUGGCAGGAAGUGGCAGCUGUUCCUGCCUGCCAAACCUUCCUCAUCCCCGACGGGAUGAGUUUCGAAGAAGCCGCCGCCAUCCCCGUCAACUACGUCACCGCCUACAUGAUGCUGUUUGACUUUGGCAACCUGCGUCCCAACCAGAGCAUCCUCAUCCACUCGGCUGCAGGUGGUGUGGGCAUCGCUGCAACCCAGCUCUGUCAGACUGUGAAGGACGUGACCAUUUUCGGCACGGCAUCAGCCAGUAAGCACGAAGCCAUCAGCCAGGCCGGAGUCACCCACGCCAUCGACUACCGCACACGGGACUACGUGGAGGAGGUCCGCAAGAUCAGCCCCAAAGGGUUGGAUAUUGUUCUGGAUCCAUUGGGAGGCUCGGAUACCCACAAGGCCUACAACCUUCUGAAGCCAAUGGGCAAGCUCAUUACCUACGGAGCAUCUAACAUGUUGGCAGGCCAGAAGAAGAACCUUCUGGCAGUGGCUAAGACCUGGUACCACCAGUUCUCCAUCCACACCCUCAGCCUCAUUCAGGGGAACAAGUCUGUGUGCGGCUUCCACCUGGGAUACCUGGACGGAGAGAUCGAGCUCAUCAGCCAGACCAUGACGUCCCUCCUGGAACUCUACCGACAGGGCAAGAUCAAACCUCGCAUCGACUCCACCUACCACCUGGAGCAGGUGGGCGAUGCCAUGAGGAGGAUGCAGGAGAGGAACAACAUCGGAAAGGUGAUUCUCAUCACCGAACCCAUGAAGGAGGAGGAGAAGAAGAAAGAGGAGCCCAAGAAAGAGGAGAAAAAAGAGGAGAAGAAGAAAGACGACAAGAAGAAGGACGACAAGAAGAAGGACGACUCCAAGAAGGAGGAGAAGAAAGAGGAGAAGAAGAAGGAGGAGCCCAAGAAGGAAGAGAAGAAGGAGGAAGAGAAGAAGGAGGAAGAGAAGAAGGAGGAGAAGUGAGGGUGGAGUCAGGCAGACCGCCAGGGGGGCUCUUGUCCUGGGG